AUGAACAACUAUAUGCUGUUCCAGAUCCUCUUGCAUCUUCCUGUACGAUCCCUCUUGAGAUUCAUAAGUGUCUGCAAAUUCUGGUAUUACAUCAUUGAUUCUUCACACUUUAAAUAUCAGCACACCUUGCGGCUUAACAACAAGAAUGAUGAGGAGAAGCAAGUUUCGAUAAAUCUCCUAGACAACGGGAAGUCAUUGAAGUCGCACGACUCAUAUAUCUACCUAAGGGUAGUAUCUGAGGCGGUUAAGGGUCUAGUCUGCCUAAGUUCUCCUUGUUCGUUAGACAUUGCAAUAUGCAAUCCCUUUUUAGGUCAAUUCAAGAUUUUACCUGUUUCUCCUACUUACUCCCAAAGACAUCACAUUAAUCACCAAGUGGUGGGACUGGGUUUCCACGAAGAUUACAAAGUGGUGCAGCUGCUGUCGUCCUUGGAGCCUAGAUGUUUGCACGCCAACCUGUAUUUGGCAAUGACAGAUUCUUGGAGAAAAUUGGAUUUGGAUCCAAAUUUGGUCAUCAAUGAACCCAUCAAGUCGGUUUGCAAGAAUGGAUCCUUUGCACACUGGAAAGGGCAAAACACAAGUGAGUUAUGGAAGUUGAAGAUUUAUGAGUUGAGCUGUGAAGGAAGUGAACUUAUUUGGAAUAAUGUGAAUAAUGUGGAACUGCGUUCUUUUUCUGCGGCCCCGCCUAUUAGGAGGAUUAAUGAUAUUCCUAUUUGGUGGAUUGAUGAUAUUCCUAUUAGGAAGAAUGAUAAUUGUGUGGUCCUUAGAGAGUUGCGUAUUCGGAAUGAUUAUAUUCCUAUUGGGAUGAAUUAUAAUACUGAUUGUCAGUCGGGCAAAGUGAUUUUGUAUGAUUAUCGUGCUCGGAAAUUGAUCGGAUGUUUCAAGAUGCAUGAGAGCUCGAACACGAUUGAUAAUAUCAUUGAGUACGAAGGAAGCUUUGUUUCACCAUAG